UGUAAAAAUUAAAUACAAAUGAAUGCUUACCAUUAAAGUUAUAAAAUGUAUUCAGUCAAGAGCAGAAAGUGAUUUUCUUUGUCUUUUGUUCUUUGAUUAACAUGACAGACAGCAGCAGGAAUGUUGGACAGCAAUCACUUUAAGACCCAAUAUACUGUUACACAACAUGCGUUCUCUUUUAACGUUCCAAAACUGACUGUGUUUAACUGGAUACUCCCCAAGACAGGCAUUUUGACAUAAUUGUAUAUGUAUUUGAACGUUUUAGCUCAGUUAGCCACUCAUUUUGGUAUUUGUGGCUCACAAUCUGUUUGAGACUGAGGCUUGUGCUCUCCACUAAUAUAGAUCAGUGGUGGUGCGCACGCUUUUGGUGUAAGCGUGAAACCUGUGUGAAUGACUAAAAUAAUGCGCAGUACAAGCACUAUUUAACCGGUGCGAAUGAAACGUGUGUGAGAGAGAAGGGGUCGUCGGAGAGAAGAGAGCGAGAAUGCGCAGCUGACGUUAUUGCCUGUGCCGCUGGUAACAAAACGGAUUGGCUCGAAAUCGGAAAGAAGUGAGACACGAGGAAAAUCAGCCGAUUCCGAUCCCUUGCCGAUCGAUCGGUGCAUCUCUAGUCUGAACCUCUGCACAGUGACGGCGAGCUGAGAAAUCUGCUCAGCGUUGGAGAAUAUCAUCACCCUCGCACACACAUCCAGAGAGGAGGGGAGACAGCGAGUUUAUGUGUGUGAGAGAGAGAGAGACGAGGAGAGGAAAACAGCGGAAGAGCUCUGCUAGAUAGUGUGGAUAUCAAACGGAAGCUUCUUAAGCGUUAGGAUUUUCCAGACAGCGUCUAUUGUUCCUACAUUCCCACCUGAAGGACUCGUAAAGCAGAGCAGCACAGGAAAGCAACGAGGAAUCGCUGGCUUCUGCUUGUUUUCUUUUCGUUUGUCUAGAGUGGAGAUGCUUCUGUAAUUGGAUUCACCUGGAAAGCGCUCAAACCGCGAGGAGAGCUGCCUUAAGUGACAGCGGCUCUCUAACGCAGCAUAGUAAAUUCUCUUCAUCUUUCUUUUUUCCCCUCAGCUCCAUCUCCCUCUCUUUUCUCGCCAACCCCUCUCAUCUUCUUCCCACAGCAGAAGAGUUUCUGUCACAAGCAGAUCCUCGCGAUGGGUGAUAAAGGCACAAGGGUGUUCAAGAAGGCAAGUCCAAAUGGAAAGUUAACUGUAUACCUUGGUAAGAGGGAUUUCGUCGACCAUGUGGAUCUCGUGGAGCCUGUCGAUGGUGUGGUUUUAAUUGAUCCAGAGUACUUAAAAGAGAGAAAAGUUUUUGUGACCUUGACAUGUGCUUUCCGCUACGGACGGGAGGACUUGGACGUUCUUGGCUUGACGUUUCGCAAAGACCUCUUUGUGGCCAACAUCCAGGCAUUUCCUCCUGUGCCUGAAGAGAAAAAGAGCUUGACACGUCUACAAGAGCGACUGAUAAAGAAACUUGGAGAACAUGCUUACCCCUUCACCUUUGAGAUUCCUCCGAACUUACCCUGUUCUGUCACGUUACAACCAGGGCCAGAGGAUACAGGAAAGGCCUGCGGGGUUGACUUUGAAGUGAAAGCUUUCUGUGCAGAAAACGUUGAAGAAAAAAUCCACAAAAGGAAUUCAGUGCGUCUUGUCAUCAGAAAAGUGCAGUAUGCUCCAGAGAAACCGGGCCCACAGCCAAUGGCUGAAACCACAAGGCAGUUUCUCAUGUCAGAUAAACCUUUACACCUGGAGGCCUCACUUGACAAAGAGAUUUACUAUCAUGGUGAACCAAUCAGUGUCAACGUCCAUGUCACAAACAACACAAACAAGACAGUAAAAAAAAUGAAGAUUUCAGUGCGUCAAUAUGCUGAUAUCUGCCUCUUCAACACUGCCCAGUACAAGUGUCCAGUGGCGACAGAGGAAACAGAUGAUAUUGUGGCCCCCAGUGCUACAUUUUGUAAAGUAUACACUCUCACGCCUUUCCUUGUUAAUAACCGAGAGAAACGCGGCUUGGCUCUGGAUGGCAAACUCAAACAUGAAGACACAAAUUUAGCCUCAAGUACAUUGUUAAGAGAGGGAGCCAAUAAGGAAAUUCUGGGCAUCAUUGUUUCUUAUAAGGUGAAAGUGAAGCUUGUGGUGUCUCGUGGAGGGCUGCUUGGAGAUCUUGCCUCAAGUGAUGUUGCCGUAGAGCUACCCUUUACAUUAAUGCAUCCCAAACCAUUGGAGGAAUCAAUCUACAGAGAUGCUCCAGAAAAUGAUGCCCCCAUUGACACAAACCUCAUUGAAUUUGACACGAAUGAUGAUGACAUCAUCUUCGAGGACUUUGCCCGACAACGACUAACUGGGGCAAAAGAUGACAAAGACGAAGAUGAGGAGGGUGCCGAUUCGCCCAAACUGAAUGACAGAUAGAUUGCAGAUAAGAGUUUCCAGUGUUGUGAUGAUACAAGAGACCCUUUUGAGAUAACCUGGAAAAAUGGGACACCCUUUAACACACUCACAGUGGUGCAGUUGUUGUGUUCUUGUUCACAUUUGUCUCUUCCAUCCUGCAAGGGUGUACAGUAAAAACUUAAGUGUAGAAAAUGUGACCUUGUCGUCAAAGUGAUUAGAAGGUGAGGCUUUAGUUGACAGGCCACUGAGUGCAUCGGGUAUUUGAGGGUCUUUUAGGGUUGAGGCAAUGGCUUCUCAUCAUAGCUAAAUCAAACGUCAGUGGUAGCAUGCCUUUGUUGUUGCUUUAUUUUAUAGAUUGUUCCUGGGCCGUGAUUUAGUUUUGAACCAUAUUUAAUGUAUGGAAUUUCUUGUUUUAAUUAAUGUAAAUGGAACUGAAUUCAGUAUUUUUUUUUUUAUAAAAGCUGCCAAAUUGAAUCAUCUUUAUAAUGUCUAUUGUCUCAAAUGAGAGCUUUUGAAUCAGACGUGCAGAGUGAAAGUAUUUUUUUCCCCCCACUUUUCGAUAAAAAUAUUAUAUCUAAAAGCUAUCUUACCUAAUAAAAGUUAUGGAUACACUAUUGAUAAAAAUACUACAUGACAAUGCAACAACCGUUUAUGAACAAUUUUUUUUUCUCUUAACAGUCUUAACAAUUAUUUCAAGUGGGUUUCUAUGAAAUCAUUUAAUUAUAAACAAUGCCUAUAUAUCUGUAAGGGGAAUAUAUAUUAAUAUAUGAUAUUUUUACAUAAAUGAAGCUUCUCAAACAGAGCACCUACUGUAUGAAUAAUUAUGAGCUACAAACGUUCCAGUUACAAUCUCUAUUCUAAAUAAAGUAUAUGUAUGCUUAAAUCUGUCUCAUCUGUGGAACAGAAAAUAACUUUUGAAGAAUGUUCUGGUAUAUUUUUCCCAUGCAUGUCACAAUUAAUUUAAAAGCUCCAAAAAUCAUGAAAAAUCAUCCCUUCAACUUGUGCCAUGUGCAUAUUGUAUUCUUGUUCUGAAUUAAAGGGAUACUCCACCCCAGAAUUAAAAUGUUGUCAUUAAUCACUGUCAUGUUGUUCCAAACCCGUAAAAGCUCUGUUCGUCUUCGCAGCACAAUUUAAGAUAUUUUGGAUGAAAUAUU